GUGAUGAUGAAGAUGAAAUAUUUGAUGCUAUUCUUGAGGACGAAAUCUUGUAUCCCAUAAACAUGUCAAGAGAUUCAGUGUCAAUAUUACAAAGACUACUUACACGGGAUCCCGAACGGCGACUUGGGUCAGGCAAAGGGGACGCAGAAGAAAUCAAGCGACAUCCAUUUUUCAAAGGCGUGAAUUGGGAUGACAUGCUUGCUAAGAAAGUACCACCACCAUUCUACCCUACUAUAUCAUCGCCAACCGACACAUCCAACUUUGACAAGGAAUUUACAUCAGAGAUUCCAAUGUUGACACCCAUAAACUCUAGACUUGGUGCAAACUCCCAAGAAGAAUUCCGCGAGUUUUCAUAUGUUGCAGAUUGGGUCCUUAAUGGAGAGUCGCAAUAA